AUGACCGAGAAUGGUAGGGACUGCGGGAUUGUGUUCGAUGAAAUGAGUACGGAGGAAGCACGCGUAUACUGCCCAAGCAAGGACCAGGUAAUCGGAACAACUACUCUUCCCCCGUCCGAUUCGUUGGCUACCAAAGCAAUAGUCUUCAUGUUAGUAGGCAUUGGUUCACCGUGGAAACAAAUAGUUGGUUACGACUUUACUGGUAAUUCAAUACCAGGUAGCGCAUUGAAAGAACGUGUUAUGGGUAUAAUGGUCAAAGCAGAGGAAAUUAAUCUAAAGGUGCACUUCAUAACUUCCGAUUCUGGUGCAAAGAACCAGCGAAUGUGGAAGGAUUUCGGUAUUGAUUUUUCUCGCGGCAAUAUAAUGAACGACUUGUCCCUCGUGCAUCCGUUGGAUAGCUCACGUCGAUUGGAGAUUAUCCCUGAUGCAGUGCACGUUUUUAAAAACUUAGUCCACGGAUGGUUGAACAACGUUUACCUUACCUUACCGGAGUGGUAUGUUGAGCUAAAGAAACUCCCAUCCAGUAUUGUACACCGGGCCCACUUGAAGGAGCUUGUCAGUUAUGAGCAUGGCAACCAGUUGAAGAUGGCAUAUACGCUAAAGGAAGUAGAUGUUAAUUUCGAAACAAAAAUGUCAUCUGUUGAUAAGAUGAAGGUAUCAAACUCAACUAAAUUUUGCAAUUUAGAUAACGCGAGUGCUCUUCGGUUUGUAGCCUUAGAGAAAAAUAAUCCUUCGCUACUAGCCACUGCAGCUUAUCUGGAAGAUAUUACCCUUUGGUAUGCAAUGAUGACCAACCGCUCUGAAGACUUAUCGCUGAGAUUGGAUAACCCUGAUUACUACAAAAAUGUGUGUGAUCAUUUAAACCAAACUUCCCAGUUGAUAUAUGACGUAAGAGUUGGGGCACUAGGUCAUUGGAAACCGUGGAAAUCAGCACUUACAAUGUGCACACAAACUGUGCUAAGGCUAAGCGACCGUCUUUUGAAGAAAGGGCACAAAAUAGUCUUAACAGCUAAGUUCAUACAGGAUUGCCUUGAAAGUGUGUUCUCGGUGGUCCGUUUCAAACAGCGUCGUCCGACAUCAUUACAAUUUUCACAAAUUGUGAAGAUCAUCACAUUAACGCAGUAUAUGACAAAGGUCCCAUCUUCCUAUUACAUGGACGAUCAAGAGCAUUUAGUUGGUUUGAUGGAUUUAAUGAAGGUGCGUAGGAAGGAAUUGCUGAAAGAUAAAUAUACUAAGUCCAGUGAGAUUCUACAACCACAGGAAUAA